UAUAUGUGGUCAUAUGAUCAUAGUUGGGCAGUGCUCGAAGACAGUCGUGCUGAUAGGCGUUGACUUAUUCCUCCGUUGGAUUUUUUUCUCAACUAAAAUAAAUCCUUCUAUUAUUUUGGCAGUAUCAGUUGGCCAGUAGCCGUUGGUUUACAUCAGUGCAGAUAAACGUCAAUAAAAAUACAAGUCAAUCAUGGCGCUCAGCGAUGCAGAUGUCAGAAAACAGAUCAAGCACAUGAUGGCAUUUAUCGAGCAAGAGGCCAACGAAAAGGCGGAGGAGAUUGAUGCCAAAGCCGAAGAGGAAUUCAAUAUCGAGAAGGGACGUCUCGUUCAACAACAGCGUCUCAAGAUCAUGGAGUACUACGAGAAGAAGGAGAAACAAGUUGAAUUGCAGAAGAAAAUCCAAUCCUCCAACAUGCUUAAUCAGGCGAGACUCAAGGUCCUCAAGGUGCGUGAGGAUCAUGUCCGGAAUUGCCUCGAUGAGGCCAGAAAACGACUCGCUGAUAUUGCUCAUGAUCGUGCACGAUAUACCGAGGUGUUGAAGCUCCUGAUUAUUCAGGCUCUUUAUCAGCUGAUGGAGCAUAAUGUUCUCCUGCGUGUUCGUCAAAUGGAUGUUCCACUUGUUGAGUCGAUCCUCGGAGAGGUUCAGGAUAACUAUAAGGCAGUUUCCAAGAAGGAUGUUAUUCUCAAGGUUGAUACGGACAACUUUCUGUCGGCUGACAGCUGUGGAGGUGUUGAUCUACUUGCUGGCAGAGGUCGUAUCAAGAUCAGCAAUACAUUGGAAUCCAGACUAGAGCUAAUUGCCCAACAAUUGGUUCCGGAGGUUCGUUCAGCCCUGUUCGGGAGCAAUCCCAACCGCAAAUUCACCGAUUAAGGGAUUCACCCUCAACCCAUCUCCAAAAAAAAACAUUCCCUUGUUCGCAGAAAAUUUAAAGAAAAGAGAAAUUCAAUUGCUUCAUUCAAAUGCACAUAAUAAAAACGGGAUUCAAUGAUAAAUGAAAUUCGUGUUAAAUUUUGUGAUGAGUUUGCCAGAAUUAUAGACAUGUGCGUUCAAAAUUACAAGGCCUACUUUUACCACGGUUACUGUUAUUUGUUGUUGAUGUAACAGAUUCAUAUAAUGUGUUUCGGCCAUUUGCCAGUAUUAAUUUGUGUUAUCGUGUAACUGUGUUUUCAAAUUAAAUUUGUGAAUCUGCAAUCUCUGAAUUUUCUUAAUUUUCAGAUAUUGUGCACUUAUAUUUAUGAAUUACAAAAAAAAAUUGUAGGGGAUCGAGCGUAUCAUUAAUAGUUCGGAAUUAAAGGGCUGCAUUAAAAUUGAAAAAAUUAAUUAAUUGUUCUUAUUAUGAACGCACAUGAAACUUCCACUUGCAAGCGCAAUAAAACUCUUUCCUGGAUUGUUUAAACAAACUCACCAAGGCGAAUACAAACCUCAUUUAUAUCCCCCACAACGAAAUAUCGUCAAUCGUUCAAAAAAUAAAAUACUAGAGAUAUUUCGGAGUAUUUCAAUUAAUAAUAUAUUUUAAAAUCGUGUUGAGUAAUUAAUUCGCGGUAGUUCACAGUGUAUUCUUGGGCAUGCUAUUCAAAUAUAAUAGUUUCUUCUGUACAUAUGUAUUAAAAAAUCAAUGUAUCAUAAACGACACGAUAAAAAAAUUAAAAACCA